AUGAUUAGUAAUAUAGGAGAUCUAGUUCUAGGGAUUAGCAAAGAAACCAUGAAGGGGAUAGGGGCAUUCUCACUGAUUUUGUUCUUGUGCAAUGGGGACCUUGUACCAGCAUCUAAUACCACCACAAAACCUACAACUGGACCUACAAUAGCUCAUUCAACAGCACCAACAACAUGGCCGAUUCCAAUAGAAUCAUCAGAACCUACAACAGGGCAAACUAAAGCCCAUUCAACAGGGCCUUCAAUAGGACCAACAACAUGGCCGAUUACAACAGAAUCAUCAGAACCUACAACAGGGCAAACUAAAGCCCAUACAACAGGGCCUUCAAUAGGACCAACAACAUGGCCUAUUACAACACAUACAACAGGGCCUACAACAGCACAACCAGGUCAACAUGUAUGUGCAAUGCAGACUUGUUCACCUAGCAAUAUAACAGCAGCUAGUGACAUCUAUCAAUAUUGUGUAGAUAGAAACUUAACUUUCUCAGGAAGAUGCUGUUUAAAUGGCACACAAAUAGAUGGCAUUGAUCUAUCAAGUUGUAAAAUCACAUUUGAUAUCCUUACAAAAUAUGCAGACGAACUUGAAAAUGUGCAAAUAAUAUCCUUAGCUGGCGUGACAGAACCAAACUGCUCAGAUCACUCUAUAUGGAAAUAUUUCCAAGGUCAAACCUCGUUAAAUACUUUGAUUCUAUCGAAAAUGUGCACAUGCCCUGGAGGUAUGAGUUCCUGGGAGAGUAUAACCCUGGGGGACACAAGUCUUACAUGUGACACUCAAAGGGACAGAUGUAACCUGGAUGACAUUAAGUGCCCCCUCCAGAAUACACAAUGUCAGAUGAAUGGUCCAGGUGCUGAUCUGCUAUGCCAGUGUUCUGAUGGUUAUUUCGGGUAUAAAUGUCUUAGAAAGGGAAAUUUCCCGAUCAUAUUAUUUGGUAUAGUAACUGCAAUUACCACAGGCAUGGCUUCUAUGUUGCUAUGGGGGGCAAAUAGAAAAUUAUUUAUAAAUGUCGGACCUAAUUUUACACCAGUUGAGAUAUCUUAAUUAUGUACCACGAAGGAAAUCCCCAGAGAUAACUCAGUCCUUUUCGGACACCCAUGCUUUUACAAAAUACAUAUCAGUAUGUAUUGCUCAUCAAACUUUGUUCUGCUUAAAUGUAACAUUUUAUUUUUACACAACACAUGUGUUACACUUUUAGAUUCAAAAUUUCAAGAAUAACCCACAUAGAUUAGUCUGUAGCUGUUUACCAUUGUAUCAUCAGAUCAUUGUAUUUAAAUUUUUUCUCAAAAACAUGUAAGGUGAAGUACUUGAAAUUGUGUUAAUUACAAUUCUUAGAAAAAUGGACUCACAUCAUAUAUUUAAAUGAAUGUCUAUUUAUCAUUUGUUCAUAAUAUUUAGAUUCUGUUAAGUUGAUAAUAAAUUAAACAGAUUCAUGUAAGUGUCGAAAAAUCUUUUAAAUUGUUAAAUCAUAGUUCAGUAAACAUGAAAAGCUGCAUUUUUAUGGCCAUUUUUAUAGACUUCUGGAUGUUCAUUGAGUUAUAUUCACCCAUAUCAUACUGGUUGUAAAUAUGUACUUAAACUGUUAGAAUGCUCAGCACUUAAUUU